AUGGUCGGAUUUUCACCUUGUGUCAAGGAGAAUCUCUAUACAUCACCGCGCCCCGAAGACGAUCCAAAAGUGGCCGUAAAUUCCAUCAACGCCCCACAAGCAGAUGCAGCAUGUGUGCCUUCUCGUGCCAUACACCCUCAGCCAUGGUGCGGACAGCAUCAGACAAGUAGUGAUGUUUCUUCUAGAAAUGUCUACAACUACAGUAACCAAGAGGAUAAAGAGAAAACACCAAUGUGUCGCAUAGCGGAGCUUGCUCGCUUUCACAAAUUGAAGCACGAAUACAAACUUAUGGAUGAGAGUGGUCCAGCUCAUAAAAAAAUGUUCACAGUACAACUGUUUUUAACUACGGAUGAGGUAUUCGAAGGUAGUGGUGCUUCAAUAAAGAAAGCUCAGCAAGCGGCCGCUGCAGCUGCACUAGCAGGCACAUCCCUAGCGAUGCCACCGGAAAAGAAGAGGAAAAAAGAUACAAGCUCACCGCCCGUUCUUCUAUCACAUGUGGCUCGUCGGCUUGGUCUCCCUGAGCCGAUUUAUCGGUCUCAUUCACAAGCGAAGAUGCCGCUCUCGCCGAUAACUCCUCGUUUCACUGCGCUUGGUCCUUCAUUAGCUUGUAAUGGAACGCAGAAUGGUUUCGAUCGUGCUGGAUGCUUCCCACAAGAUCCCUAUGCCCCUGCACAUCAUAUACCAUCGAGAGUGCCAAGAGGACCUCUACUUGGACCACUACCGCCAGUGAAUCCACUCUUUAUGGUUCCUCCAACAUCUCGUUCCGGAGCAGUGUUCCCUAUGCCGACGCCGACAGGUGAACGUAUCUGUAUGGUUAGCGUUGCCAUUGGACCCGGUCUUAUGUUUACCGGCAUUGGGAAUACCUUUGCGUUGGCUAAGGCGAGUGCGGCUGCUCAGUGCUUGGGUUUCCUCGGUCCUCAUAUACAAGCACUCGAUGCGAAACUGAAAAUGGAUGAGCAGAAACGUAAAAAUGCUCAGCAAAAGUCUUCACCACAACAGACGGAUUCGGCUUCUGCAAACGGGGGCGGUACUGAAGAUGUUUCAGAGCAGGAAACAAAUGGAGAAGGCGAUGCGCUUCCAAAGCAUAAGCAAAAAUCGGUGAUCAGCCAAGUUCAUGAAUGCGCUCUUCAAAUGAAACUCAAUGUCGAAUUCGAGGUGGUCAAAGAAGUCGGUCCACCCCAUGAUCGUUCAUAUGUAGUUCGGUGUUCUUUGAAGAAUCCUAAGAACGAGGUUGUUGUCGAGACUGUUGGCGAAGGACGUAAGAAAAAAGAGGCUACUCAAAGUGCGUGUGCAAACGUUCUUUCUCGACUGAGCGGCAUUGAGAAUUCACCGCUUUUCAUUGCAUCAUCGCUAUACAAACUGCAAAAACGUGUUCUGAAUCCGUCGAGAGAACCGAAAAGGAAGACUAUAAUAAAGGUAUAA